AUGGAGCUACUGGCAAUUCCUAUUUUUUCUGAACAGGUUGGCAUUGCUGCUGUACAAAUAGCUAAAGCAUGUGGUUUACGUGUCAUUGGUACAGCAUCAACUGACCAAGGUUUACAAGCGAUACGAGAUCAAGGCGCUGAUUUUGUUUUCAAUCACAAACAGGAAGGAUAUUUAAAAGAAAUUGCAAAUGUUACAACAAAUGGUGAAGGUAUUGAUUUAAUACUUGAAAUGUUAGCAAAUGUGAAUUUGAAUGCUGAUUUACAAUUACUCAAAUCUGGUGUCGGAAGAGUCGUUGUUAUUGGUAAUCGAGGUACAAUCGAUAUUAAUCCACGACUUCUUAUGGCUAAAGAAACAAGUAUCUGUGGCGUUACUUUAUUUAGUUCAAGUGAAGAGGAAUUUCAAAUGAUUAAUGCUUAUUUACAACAUGGUCUGAAACAUGGCUAUAUAAAACCAUUGCUUGGUCGAGUUUAUUCAUUAGAAGAUGCAGCACAAGCACAAACCGAUGUUAUUUCUAAUAGUGGUACAUGUGGAAGACUUACACUUAAAAUUUAA